UACUAAAUUGUGUAACUAGUAUUCUUUCUUCUUUUUGUUUUUGUUUAUAAAUUUCCCCUUUUUUUCGAUUGGUUCCUAUUAAUAAUAAAUAUAGAACAUGUCAAUGUCAAAGUGGGAAGUGGCAAUAAAUAAAUAAGGCAGCAAUAUUGGGUGCUUUUGUGGCAGAAGUGACCUGCAACUAUAUUCUGUCCCAGUUCUAUCAUUCUGCCGAUUUUUCUCUGGAUUUUUUGUCCACAAUGGAGCACAUGAUGGGUCUGCUGAGAAUUCAUGUCCAAAAAGGGGUUAACCUUGCUGUAAGGGAUUUACUAAGCAGUGACCCUUAUAUCAUCAUCAGAAUGGGCAAGCAGAAGGUGAAGACUAAGGUGGUGAAGAAGAGUAUCAACCCUGAAUGGAAUGAUGAUUUGACUUUGUCUAUUUCGGAUCCUAGUCUCCCAGUACAGCUAUUUGUGCAUGACAAGGACACAUUCAGCCUUGAUGACAAAAUGGGGGAUGCUGAGUUUGAUAUCAGUCCGUUUGUGGAAGCGGUGAAGAUGCGGCCGCAAGGCGUCCCGAACGACACCAUAAUCAAAAGGGUUCAGCCUAGCAGACAGAACUGUUUGGCAGAGGAGAGCCACAUUGUGUGGAGAGAUGGCAAAGUGGUUCAGAACAUGGUUCUUAGGCUAAGAAAUGUGGAGUCUGGUGAAGUGGAGCUACAACUCAAUUGGAUUGACAUUCCUGGUGCCAAGGCCUCUUUGAACACCUAAAAUGUGUGGACAAAAACAUUAGGACAUUCCAUUGAGUUGGUUUGUUGUCUAAUAAAAAAUUAGGACAAAACAUAGCUCGCUCCUUGUAACAUAGUCAUCCUUACUCCUUAGUGUAACAAUUGCUACUGGUGAUUGAAAUAGUUCAUAGAAGUACUUGUGAUGUUGAUCUUCAAUAAUGUGAAUCCUGUGCAGUGUUCUAGGAAGCAGAAACAGGGAAUCAGAGAUGCUGAUGUUAAUGGUUGCUUAUAAAUAUAUUUCCAUUGGUUUGA